UGUUCUUUUUACAUUUCAGAAUAUGAGAAGUUCUCAGAUGUUCUAAAUAACAUUUUGUAAAACAUCUCCACUGUAGAACUUGUUAAUUUAUGUUUCUAUCUAGAUUUUCCCCACUCCACUGCCACUCAAAUGCUACUUUGUCAAAGGAAGUCACCAAAGUAAUAAGAUGGGCAAUAGUCUGAUCAUAAUGCUCUCUCAGAAUGUUCAUGUUAUUAUCCAAUUGAUAUUAUCUGGUGAUGCUUAAUAUAUUCCUUAUUGGAAUGGAGGCCAUGUUGCUUUGGGGAAGUCAAUGAGGAAAAUAUAUAUAAAAAAGAUGAUCCAGAGGAAACCCUGGAUUGUUCUAAUGGGCAAUCAUUAGUUUAUAUUUCUCCAAGCAAAGAGUUAAGAUCCUUGGACUGAAAAGUUAUUUUCAUGUUGGAAUGAGCUGCAUCUAAAACCAUGUAGAGAGGUAUCAAAUCUUUAAAGCCCAAACAGAAGGGCUUGGAAAAUAUCACAAGUGCAAAAUCCUCACUGCAAAUCUCUCAAAGAUUUUCAUGUGUGCACUCAAAAGUGAAGGAAACAAACAAAAACUGUAAACUUUUCAGGUAAUAAACUGACAGACAGACAGACAGACAGACAGACAGACAGACAGACUCCAGACAGAUAGGUAAUCAAAGUUGAAAAUAAAUUUGAAAAUAAAUAUUAUACUAUUUUAUUAACAUAAUGUUAACUAUAGUAUUCAUUUUUAAAUCUGUUUUGUAUUGAUUUAUUUAAGUAUUUAAAAAGCUGUCAGGAAACAGGUCUGAACUGCCCCUGAGGAAGUCGUCCACUAGAGGGCAGCAGGAGUUUAGGGUAUAAUCUCUAGGGACGCAACGUGUCGCAAUAAGUAAUACGUUUUAGAAACAUGAGGUAACAUGCUACAAUUAAACAUAUACAAAUAAAACCCCGUAAUAUGUGACAAAAUAGCCUACGUUUCGUGUGAUAGGAUGUAAUAUGACGCUGGCAAUAUCUAAAACAGUUUCCUAAGAAAAAGUUUACGCUUUUUGAUAUUGAGCCUUUAGAAGUUUUGGAUUUGAAGGAUUGUUUUAGCACGACCGCUUUAGUUAUUAAAAUAUGACUUUACAUAUUAUGUAACGUCCCAAACUCCCGCUCAUAAAAGGAAAUUGCAGUAUACUACCGUUGUGAAAGCCAGAACACAAGUGUGACUUCGUUCAUACAUGCUGAAGUUGAAGGAUUUAGAAGGCGGGUAAUCUGUAGUGUCCCGUGGUGAGUUUUGUCAUUUUCCUCCCUCACUGCAAGCAUAUCACUUGUUUCUCUUCAAAGAACGACCGCGGUCUGAGUAGACUUUAGCAAACUUCACGGAACAAUGGCUGGACGUGUGAGCAGACGUUUGCUGAAUUAUCUGACCAGGGGAAACAUCUUUAGAAGCAAGAAAUAUCUGCGUAAAAGUGUGUUAUUCAUCUCACAGUGCCAUGCACGAUCGCUGUCGAGCGGCAUCAGCGCGGCUCAACCGGACCUGAGCUCGCAUCUCGUUGGAAAAAAAUAUGCAGAUUUAUACGAACUGUCAGUGAGAGAUCCCGAAACGUUCUGGGGUUCCAUUGCCAAGGAAAGGCUGACAUGGACCAAACAUUUCGAUCAAGUGAAGGACUGUGAUCUCUCGAGUGGGAAAAUUAACUGGUUUCUUGGAGGUCAACUGAACGUCUCUGUGAACUGUUUGGAUGUACACAUGGCGAAGGAUCCAGACAGAGUGGCAUUGAUUUGGGAGAAAGAUGAGCCUGGCACAGAAGAAAGGAUCACCUACAGGGAACUUCUAAAGAUGACAUGUCGUCUUGCCAACACAUUAAAGAGUCACGGGGUCCAGAGAGGAGAACGAGUGGCCAUCUACAUGACUGUGUCUCCAAUGGCAGUAGCAGCCAUGUUGGCAUGUGCCCGCAUUGGUGCAGUGCACAAUGUGGUGUUUGCAGGGUUCAGCUCAGAGUCUUUGGCCAGCAGAAUUCAGGAUGCCCAGUGCAAGUUUGUGAUCACAUGCAACCAAGGUGUGAGGGGUGGCCGAACCUUCGAUCUGAAGUCCACAGUGGAUAGAGCAGUAAAGAGCUGUCCAUCUGUGCAGCAUGUGUUUGUCACCAUGAGGACCAACAAUAGUGUGCCAAUGGGCAAACUAGAUAUUCCAUUAGAUGAGGCCAUGGAAAGAGAGCCUUCAGUGUGUGCUCCAGAGCCCAUGGGCAGUGAGGAAAUGUUGUUUAUGCUCUAUACCUCAGGCAGCACGGGUAAACCAAAGGGCAUUGUGCACACGCAGGCUGGUUAUCUUCUCUACGCCUCCCUCACACAUCAGUAUGUAUUUGACUAUGCACCAGGAGAUGUGUUUGGCUGUGUUGCUGACAUCGGUUGGAUCACGGGUCACAGUUAUGUGGUGUACGGGCCCCUGAGUAAUGGAGCCACUUCUGUAUUGUUUGAGAGCACACCUGUGUACCCUGAUCCUGGUCGUUACUGGGAGACAGUUCAGAGGUUAAGAAUAAACCAGUUUUAUGGAGCUCCUACUGCCAUAAGAUUACUCCUGAAAUAUGACGAAAGCUGGGUGAAGAAAUAUGACCGGUCAUCUCUGAAGACACUUGGAUCUGUUGGAGAGCCCAUUAAUCAUGAGGCAUGGGAAUGGUUCCAUAAUGUGGUUGGAGAUGGACGAUGCCCUCUGGUGGACACAUGGUGGCAGACAGAGACUGGCGGUGUGUGUAUCGCCCCACUUCCAGCUGAACCAGGAGCAGAAAUACGGCCUGCCAUGGCUAUGAGACCCUUUUUUGGCAUCCAGCCUGCACUCAUGGGGGAGAAGGGACAGCUGAUAACAGGAAAUGAUGUCAAUGGAACUCUGUGCAUCAGCCAGCCAUGGCCUGGAAUGGCCAGAACUAUAUUUGGAGACCACCAGAGAUUUGUGGAUGCAUAUUUUAAACCAUACCCAGGUCAUUAUUUUACGGGUGAUGGGGCGUAUCGCAACGAAGACGGUUACUACCAAAUCACAGGACGAAUGGAUGAUGUAAUCAAUAUCAGUGGGCAUCGGCUAGGUACCGCUGAGAUAGAGGAUGCUCUGGAUGAACAUCCAGAUAUUCCUGAAACUGCAGUGAUAGGAAUUCCACAUGAGAUCAAAGGAGAAGUUGCAUUUGCGUUUGUGGUUUUAAAAGAAACCACUGAGAGUAAGCAGACUGUUUUGGAAGAGCUGAGAUGCCUAGUGGCUACUAAAAUUGCUAAAUAUGCCGUCCCUGAGCAUUUCCUGGUUGUGAAGCGUCUUCCUAAAACACGUUCUGGAAAAAUCAUGAGGAGAAUUUUGAGGAAGGUUGCCAUGGAGGACACGAGCAACCUGGGGGAUGUCUCCACACUGGAUGACCCAUCUGUUGUUUCAGAGAUCAUUCAGGCCCACAAACACUACAAAAGUUGCAUUUCUAAGAAGUAGAAAAAGGACCGUUGGGAAAUUUCCAUUUGAUCUUGUAAAGUAAAUAUCCAGUGAUGUGAACAUUCUAGAGACGUGCGUAGUUUGAAGGGCUAUGAAUAUAAAGAUAUGAUUACGGGGAAUUUGUGCAAGUAUUUCACAUGGUGUGAAAGUAUCAUAUUAAGUGAUUAAAUCAUGAAACUUGCACACACACUCCACACCUGAACUGCAUGUUGGUCCUGACAUGUAGAAUUUUUUUAGAUGACAAAUAGUAUUUGUACAUUCUAGGGAAACACCUUUUAAUCAUGAAGCAUUUUGCACAGUGUUAUUCCUAUAGCCAGGAAUGAGGUGAGAUUUGCUGUGAAACAUUAUCAUUUUUUUAAGGUGCUAAAUUAAGUUUGGUCAGCUAAAUCUGACCUAAGCCUCUGAGUUUUAAGCCUGAAGUCUUUGCUCCCUAAUGUUUAAGACAUAACCGUCCUAAUUUGACUGAUUUUCAGUCAUCAUCACCAUAUCACAAGAAAUUAUAUUAUAAUAUGAUAUACAUCCUUCACAUAUGAUUUACAUGUAGUGUAAUAAUUUGGCCCAAGUCUAUGUUUCCAUUUAAUCUUCAGUAUUAUUCUCAUUAUAUAUGUAUAUAUACAAUUUUGAACAUAAAAAAAACAGUAUUUGUCUGGCUGUUUCUUCUUCCUCCAUUAGAAUAAAUGUAAAGCACAGCUUAGUUCUCAGUGAAGGUUGUGGUAGGGGUGUUUGACAAAAUUUAUGAGAUUUAGCUGACGGAUGCAGCUGUAAAAUGAAUGUUCAGGUGAAGGGACAUUAAAUGUACAGUAGUGCUGCUCUUAUUCCAAUAAACUUUUUAAAUCCCCUCGAACCAAAUCUCCAUCUUCAUUGUGAGGUAGUGGAGGCUUGGUGGUAAAAGAAGUUUAGUAACCCAGUGGUUUUAGGCUCAGUCUCCAUCCUAUAUAGGAUUUUGUAUGUAUGUUCAAACAACUUAUUGCUUCAUGUAAAAACAUAGUAUUUAUCUAUUUCCAUUACUACACCAGAGCAAUAGUAGAACAUUUUUGAUUUAUUAACCCUCAUGCCAUUCCAGAUGUGUGU